AUGCCUGACUCUUUGAAGAUUGCUGUUGUUCAACCGCUAUUAAAAAAGUACAAUCUUUCCUAUGAAGAAUUCUGCAGUUUUCGUCCAAUAUCAAAUCUGAAAUCUGUCUCGAAAUCUAUUGAGAAAGCAGUUGCGGUACAAUUAACUGAUUAUCUUACUGAAAAUCAUCUACAUGAGAAAUUCCAGUCUGCUUAUAAACCUUGUCAUAGUACUGAAACAGCGCUAUUGAGGGUUCAAAAUGAUAUCCUUCAAGCUCUAGAUAACGGUGAUUCUGUUAUUCUUGUCCUACUGGAUCUGUCGGCGGCUUUUGACACCGUGGAUCAUUUAAUGUUAUUAACAAGACUAUCGAACCGCUUUGGCAUAAGGGGUCGUGUGUUGGAUUGGCUUACCUCAUACCUUACAUCCAGGAAACUGUUUAUUCGUGUUGAGGGAACUGAUUCGUUAUUGAGUGAUCUUGAUUGUGGUGUACCUCAGGGAUCUGUGUUGGGUCCUCUGUUGUAUUCACUCUAUACUGCCCCUCUCGCGGAUGUGGCUAGGCGCCAAAAUCUGCGCUUUCACUUUUUUUCUGAUGAUGGGCAACUUUACAUUGCAUUCAAAACGAAUGAUCGUGAUGAUUUAAUAUCAUCUAAGAUCC